CACUCUGGUAAAUACGAUGUUUCUGGGCUUUUUAUGGCCUUUAGGGAGGUUUUACAAAUAUGAAAGUCCAUGAAUUAAAAGUGUAGAAUAUCAAGGUCUAUAAAUGUCCAUGUCUUGUCUCGAGGUGUCCUGGGAACAGUUUUACAGGCGUCUCUUUUACUAUUGUGGUCAAUGGGGAAAAUUGCUUUUUCGGCCGCGUGAGUAUUUUUGUUGCAGUACCACGAGUGGCCACUGGGGGGAAAAACAUUUUCUUCAAGUCAGAGGGGGGCGGAGCUCUGUGCCGUUCUUUCAUAUGUACUUCCCUAGUUGUUAGCAUGAGUUUGGUGACGACGAUGAUGAAGUCGCUUCAGUUGUAGAAAACCCGCCACCUGAAGAUGAACAGCAUGAACUCAGUCCACGGAUAAAGGAUCUGAGCUGCUACCUGGAUGUCUGCAAGCUUCUCAAAUGAUGAAUAUCAGAAACUAGCCAAAGAUGCAGGGGGCCAUUGCGAGAGUGUGCGUGGUGGUGGCCGCUGCCAUUCUGAACCAUCCGUUGCUCUUUCCUCAAGAGAACAACACGCUCCCGGAGCAGGAUGAGGAACUGAUGGCUCGCAUGCGGGAGCAUGAGGAAAGGAUGUCAGUGGAGCAGGCCAAGCUGGAAAGAGAGCUUUCACAGCAGGAGGAGAGCAGCUCGGAGGGCUGUUCGGAAGAAGGUUAUGGCUGGUACUUUUGGAGCACCGUGUCGUUCAUCGUCUUCUUCAUCAUCGAGAUGUGCAGGGUGAAUCUCGCAGAUGCAGAAAUCCGGCCAUCUGAGGACGAGGACUUGUUCUCAGAGAGUGGACCCGUCAGCCUGAGGACAAUGGUACUAGAUAAAGACAUCCUGAGCAACUUCUGUGACAAAUGCACCUACAUGUCAGCCCACGAAAACUGGAGGGUAAGGGAGUUUGUUGAGGGUUUUGCUGACGACUUACUGGAGUCGCUCAGGAGUGUUUGCGACAAGGAGGCAGACAUGGAAGUCGGGGACUUUGUCGGGAUUGGAAGCAUGUUCGAGUCCUGGAAGGUUUGCAAGCCGCUAAUGUGUGACCUCAUUGUGCCGUUCUUGCCUCCACAUCCGUACUCUUUCCAGUUCCGUCUGUGGUGCAGCCCCAGCAGUGACAUUCCCCCAGACAUGCAGGGCUGUGGUAAGAUAAAGGUAACCAGGCUUGGGGAGAGCGAGAGCGAGGGCGGCUGCGUGUGUGGCUCUGCUAACCUUGGAGAGGACUUGCUCUGCCUGUUGCAUGGCAAGAACGAAGUCGUUACAGUGGUCCACAGUCCUGACGAGCUGCUGUGCUCCAGAGAAACGCGGUUCUUGAGUAAAGAUCAAGUCAUGAAGUGGUUCCAGAUCUCAGUGACCAAAGCGUGGGCACGCAUCUCUCACAAAUACGACUUUGAGGUCAACUUCCGCAACUUGGACACUGCCGGGGCUCUGAAGAUCCGAUUCCGCUCAGGGAGAGUUGUCGCACUGAACAUCAUACCGGUGGUACAGCUGGAGGACACGCACGCUUAUUUUGUCUCGCACUUCUCGUCCGAUUGUCACAGUCGUCCAGAUCCGUACUGGCCCGUUUCAUUUGCCGUGUACGAGAGGAAUUUGCUCAAACAUUUCUCGAAACGUCUACCGCAAAACUCCUGUCACCUAAACUGCCUUCAGAUUCUUACUUUCCUGCACAGGAAGCAGACGGGACUCACGGGAAAGUGCGCCCUCACUAACUACCACCUAAAGACUGCUCUGUUGCACCUGUUGCUGAGUAAAAGACCCUUCAUGUGGGGAGCAGAGAAUGUGGAGCACAGGUUUCGCGAUGUGCUCGGCUUUUUGCAGAGGAGCCUGCUGGAGAAGAGACUUCACCAUGUUCUGAUUGGAAACAGGAAAGUGCCAGAGGAAGUCCGGGUUCCCGAGAUGAUCCGGAACGCGGAGCCCAUCAAUCUGUUCAGGCCUCUGGUGCUGCAGACGGAGCAUCAUGCAGAAACAGUCAGGCAUUUCCAGGAGAUGCUGAGAAACGCACCUGUGCUUAUGCAAGAGUACAUACCUCACUUAUCAAAUGGAGGUUUACACCACAGCUUAGAUUAACAUUUGUGAGUCCGAGUUAAGCCCGAUUUAUACUUUCCAGUGUCAUGAGCAACAGAAAAUAGAUUUUGACACGCUGUGUGUGUGUGUACUCAUCUUCAGUAAUUUGCUAUAGACGAGUUAAUUCUAAAGCUUUUGUGAGGUGAAACUGUUGUCACGUCUACAUUUAGACGUUUGAUUUACUAUUGGACCAAAACAUCUUCUCUCUGUUGCGCUCUUGAUCGUUUCAAGCGCAGCGCUGACCUACUUUGCUUCUUACACUCCGUCUGCCCACUCCAGUGAAAGUAAAUUCCAAGUCUUCCUAUUAAAAUAAUAGGAAACAACUUGACAUCAAAUACACCGACUUUCAAAACAAGGAAAAGUAGCACAGAUAUUCUGCAGAUGUAAAUAAACUAGAUGGAUACUUAAUUCAUCCCAUUGGGGUAAGUCCAGUAUCCUUUAGCUCACAGGAAAGAUAUUCUAAACUUUAGAAGUAGAAGGUCUUCAAAUAAGUAAGUAAUCUGCUCCCGUAUUUCAUAAGAUUCCUUAUGGGAAUUUAGGAUUUUUAUCAUGAUUAGUCUAUUGAAUUUCAGGAAGUAUUUGUUUUCCCAAACAUGUCUUCUUUUCUUCUCAAACCAAAAAUAUUCACUUUUAAGAAGCUGAAAUCACAGAUUUCUUUCUCGAUUUUUCCUCAAAAAUACUCAAACAUCCGAUUAAUUUAAUUGUCUGUCACUAAUUGUUGUAGGCCUUGAUUCACCUCUUAGUUUUUAAGUAAAUUUACCAAACAUUGUUUUAUACUGUUGCAAAACUAAUGGCAGCUACUAAAUAACAUUAAUAUUUUUAUUGGUCAGAGCAAGAAACUCAAAA